AUGGUUUGGAAUCCCUUUUCACAGAAGCCUCCGCAGCAGGUCGAACAGAAAUCCCACCAGCCUUUGAACUUGGCUCCGGCCCAAGCAGACAAUGCGUCUUCCAACGAUAUUUCUCAUACUCUUGACCAAUUAUCGGGUCCAGUCAAGGUGAAGAAUAUUUCUCCACAGUCUGCCGAGGAGAAUGACAAAUCCGUAACCAGCUUUGUUGAACAACGUCCUGCUAACUUGUUUAUCAUUGACGGUGAAAAAUACUCCGAUGAAAGUAUAAUAUGCACUAAUAAUGAAAAGGGAGGUAAAACAUGUUUGAAAUUAGGUUAUAAUUCAAUUCAAUUAUUCAAACAUAUGCAAAAAUUAGAAUAUUUCUGUUCUUUACCCAAUGACGUUGACGCUACUUAUUUUGAAUGCAGAAAAAUCAAAUAA